CGCUGGUGGCGCGAUGGCCGCAGUAUCGUAUUUGCUCUACCAAGUUACCAUGGGUCGCCGUCCUGCCAAGUGCUACCGUUUCCAGAACAAGAAGCCGUUCAUCAAGUCGCGCUACUGCCGUGGUGUGCCGGACCCGAAGAUCCGCAUCUACGAUGUCGGUAACAAGAAGGCGUCCGUCGACACCUUCCCGUUCGUGUGCCACUUGGUGUCGGACGAGAAGGAACAGCUCUCGUCGGAGGCGCUUGAAGCCGCCCGCAUUUCCGCCAACCGUUACUUGACCAAGCACUGCGGCAAGGACAACUUCCACAUGCGCAUCCGCUGCCACCCGUUCCAGGUCCUCCGUAUCAACAAGAUGCUUUCGUGCGCCGGUGCCGAUCGUCUCCAGACCGGUAUGCGUCACGCUUACGGCAAGCCCACGGGUGUCGCCGCCCGCGUCGCCAUUGGCCAGCCCAUUAUCUCGGUGCGCUCCAAGGACUCGUUCGGCCCCGCCGUCGUCGAGGCCCUUCGCCGUGCCAAGUUCAAGUUCCCGGGUCGCCAGAAGGUGCUCGGCUCCAAGAAGUGGGGCUUCACCAAGUACGAGCGUGACGUGUACGCCAAGCUCCGCUCGGAGGGCGUCCUUGCCCUUGACGGCAACCACGAGAAGUACAUGCCCAACCACGGCGUGUUGAAGUUGUAAAGACUUUGUCAGGAGUAGUUGGUUUCUUCAUAAGUUAAAUACGAUCAUCGAUAUACCGAUCCA